UUGCUGAUCCUCGUUGCCACCAACUCCUCUCUCGCACUCUCUCCUCGGCCCCCUCUGCUGCUACCUUCGCUUUCCCAAACUCGCAGAGGAUUUCGACUCCCCUCCCCUCCUGCUGUUCUCGCUCUCUCCUUGCUUCUCGAUGCUCUGAGGAUAUGGAGUUCUCGCGAUCCAUGGUCGUCGGAGGAUGAUUUGUGGUCGGAGAAGGCGAGAUCGGGGUUGUAUUGGAAGGGGAUAAGAGGAAUCCUUGUAUCUCGUUGGGCUCUCGGGAAAUCAGUCUUGUAGGAGGCAGCUAUGGCUUCAAUUAGUGAUAUUGGACUUUCAGCAGCCAUUAACUUUCUGAGUGCCUUAGCUUUCCUCGUGGCAUUUGCUGUUUUAAGGCUCCAACCAAUAAAUGACAGGGUUUACUUUUCAAAGUGGUAUCUUAAACGUAUAAGAAGCAGUCCAACCCGUUCCGGGACAUUUGUACAAAAGUUUGUCAAUUUAAAUCUGAGGUCAUACUUGAAAUUUCUGGAAUGGAUGCCGGCUGCCCUCAAAAUGCCUGAACCAGAGCUAAUAGACCAUGCUGGACUUGAUUCUGCUGUUUUCUUGCGGAUAUACUUGAUUGGGCUUAAAAUAUUUAUUCCCAUCACCAUACUGGCAUUCUCGGUUCUUGUACCUGUGAACUGGACUAAUGGCACUCUAAAUGAUUCAAACAACUUACAGUACAGUGAUAUAGACAAGCUAUCCAUAUCAAAUGUUCCAGAACGAUCACAGAGGUUUUGGGCCCAUUUGGUUAUGGCAUAUGUAUUCACGUUUUGGACAUGUUAUGUGUUGCGUAAGGAGUAUGGAACAAUUGCAUCAAUGAGGUUACAUUUUCUGGCAACAGUGAAACGCCGUCCUGAUCAGUUCACCGUCAUCGUCCGAAAUGUGCCACCUGAUCCUGAUGAGUCAGUAAGCGAGCUCGUUGAACAUUUUUUCCUUGUUAAUCAUCGGGAUAACUAUUUAACUCAUCAGGUUGUGUAUAAUGCUAACACUCUUGCUAAGCUGGUUGAAGAGAAGAAACAGAUGGAGAACUGGCUUGACUACUACCAAUUAAAAUUUGAUCGCAAUCCAUCAAAAAGACCUACUCGAAAGACUGGUUUUCUGGGACUGUGUGGUGACAAGGUGGACGCAAUUGAUUUUUACACAUCUAAGGUUGAUAAACUCUCUGAAGAAGAAGCUGCAGAACGUGAAAAGAUAAUAAAAAACCCUAAGUUUAUUAUGUCAGCUGCUUUUGUUUCUUUUCGAACACGAUGGGGGGCAGCAGUUUGUGCGCAAACACAGCAAAGUAGAAACCCCACCUUGUGGUUGACUGAGUGGGCCCCAGAACCUCGUGAUGUAUAUUGGCAGAAUCUAGCGAUUCCCUUCGUUUCCAUUACAAUAAGACGGUUGAUUGUCGCAGUUGCCUUCUUCUUUCUUACCUUCUUCUUUAUGAUUCCAAUAACAUUUGUACAGUCUCUGGCAAAUAUUGAGGGAAUUGAGAAGGCGGUUCCAUUUUUGAAGCCCUUAAUUGAAGUACCUGUCAUCAAGUCAUUCAUCCAAGGUUUUCUCCCUGGAAUUGCUCUGAAGAUCUUUCUUAUAUUGCUGCCUACAAUAUUGAUGAUCAUGUCAAAGUUUGAAGGAUUUAUAUCCUUGUCAGCUCUCCAGCGAAGAUCUGCAUCCAGAUAUUACCUAUUUUUACUAGUUAAUGUGUUCUUAGGGAGCAUAAUUGCUGGAACAGCAUUUGAGCAAUUAAAUACUUUUAUUCAUCAGUCAGCAAAUGAAAUCCCAGAGAAAAUAGGUGUAUCUAUUCCGAUGAAAGCAACCUUCUUCGUUACAUAUAUCAUGGUUGAUGGUUGGGCUGGAAUUGCUGGGGAGAUUCUGAGGUUGAAGCCAUUAAUAAUCUACCACUUGAAAAACUUUUUCUUGGUAAAGACCGAAAAGGACAGAGAAGAGGCAAUGGAUCCAGGAAGUAUCGAGUUUGCCACAUCUGAACCUCAAAUACAGCUGUAUUUCUUACUUGGCCUUGUAUAUGCAACCGUCACCCCCUUCUUACUUCCUUUCAUACUAAUAUUUUUUGGUCUGGCAUAUGUUGUUUUUCGUCAUCAGAUUAUAAAUGUCUACAAUCAAGAAUAUGAGAGUGCAGCAGCAUUUUGGCCAGAUGUUCAUGGCCGCAUUAUCAGUGCACUGGUUAUAUCCCAACUUCUUCUACUUGGACUCUUAAGUACAAAGAAGGCUGCAGAUUCAACGCCAUUCCUUAUUGCCCUUCCUAUAUUGACUAUAUGGUUUCAUAGGUUUUGCAAGAAUCGCUAUGAAUCUGCCUUUGUUAAAUAUCCAAUUCAGGAAGCAAUGAUGAAGGAUACAUUAGAACGUGCCAGGGAGCCCAAUCUUGACCUGAAAGCAUACUUAUCGAAUGCGUAUGUACACCCAGUCUUCAAAGACGGGGAGGACGAGGACAGUGUCGCAACCGACGAAGAGAAAGAAGUCGAGAAUGUACUGGUGCCGACCAAGCGCGCAUCACGCAGGAACACCCCAGUUCCCAGCAAAUUUGGCUGCUCCUCACCACCUUCCCUUCCUGAUGAUGUGCAAGAACUGCUAUAGUCUCUCACCACAGUGUCGUGCACUCCUCUCCUGUUUUGUCAUGUAAAUUAGCUUUGCAAGGUAAAUAGUUCAUGGGACUUCCCAUGCAUCCAUCUGCAUUAUGUUUCAACCAGAUUGAGCUGUCCGAAUGCAUUUAGUAUGGAAAAGAGAAACAUCUGGUUUUAAUGGACGCUCACCUUUCUUUCUUUCUCACCAGUAAAUGGUUUAAAUAU